GGUGACCCUGGCAAGUGUGCCUUCCCGAUGCCUUAGGCCUCGGCCUGGCACAUAGCACGUCAGUUUCCUGCAGUGUCCGCCCUGCCCUGCCGAGUCCGGCACACAAGGGGUUAGCCGCGAGGAAUGCAGGAGUGUGGAAUGUGCAUGCAGAUGAGACGGAUGCUAAUCUCAUGCUAAUGAGCCUGUGGCUGGGAACAGGCCGAGGUUAUUGGCUUCCCCGGAUCCUCAUCCAGACGGCUCCUUGCUGCUGAAGUCGGAGCCGCCAGGGUCCCCUGACCGGAGCGCAGCCUUCCCCCCGCCCCACCCGGACAUGCUGGCUCGUGGAGCGGAGGACUUCCUGCCUGCUGGGCGGCUCGGUGCCCUGCUGUAGGGGCCGCGUCUCCGCUGCUGAGCCCCGGCUGCUCCUCUCCAGCCUCUUUCUGUACCUAUGGAGGAGUUUGCAGGGGCUGAUCAUGCCUAGGAAGGGGAAUGGGCAGCUGCCUUUACCGGAUGGCUGGGAGGAGGCGAGAGACUACGACGGGAAGGUGUUUUACAUCGACCACAACACCAGGCAGACCAGCUGGAUCGACCCCCGGGACAGGUUGACAAAGCCGCUGUCGUUUGCAGACUGUGUUGGUAAUGAGCUUCCAUGGGGAUGGGAAUCUUGCUAUGAUCCACAGAUUGGAGUUUACUAUGUUAAUCAUAUUAAUCAAACCACACAGAUAGAAGAUCCACGUAAAUUAUGGCGGAACGAACAGGAGCGGAUGCUGAAGGACUACCUAAUGGUGGCCCAAGAUGCUCUAAGCACUCAGAAGGAGCUCUACCAUGUGAAGGAACAGAGGUUGGCACUUGCCCUGGAUGAAUAUGUGAGACUCAAUGAUGCCUAUAAAGAGAAAUCUAGCUCACGUACUAGCUUAUUUUCAGGUUCAUCCUCAAGUACCAAGUAUGACCCCGAUAUUCUUAAAGCAGAAAUCUCCACCACGAAAGUCAGGGUAAAAAAACUGAAGCGGGAGCUGUCCCAAAUGAAGCAGGAGCUCCUGUAUAAGGAGCAGGGUUUCCAGACACUGCAGCGUAUUGACCAAAAAAUGUCAGGAGGGCAGAGUGGUUAUGAGCUUCAAGAAGCAAAGGACAUCCUCUCCGAACUAAAAAGCAUAAGAAAGGCAAUCAGCAGUGGGGAGAAGGAGAAGCAGGAUCUCAUGCAGAGCCUCGCAAAACUGAAGGAACGAUUUCAUCUGGAAGAAGGCAGAGGAAUAUCAGAGCCGGAUCUUACAUCUGGCCUCACCAACUCCCACUUGUCUCUGUCCAGACAGAUGCUGGACGCCGGCUCACAGACUGAUAUUUCUGGGGAUAUUGGAAUGAGGAGCCGAGCAAAUCUGGCAGAAAAGGUCAGGCUGAGCCUACAAUACGAGGAGGCUAAAAGAAGUAUGGCUAACCUAAAGAUAGAACUAUCCAAGUUGGACAGCGAGGCCUGGCCAGGAGCACUGGACAUAGAGAAAGAGAAACUUCUGCUAAUUAAUGAGAAAGAGGAACUUUUAAAAGAACUUCAAUUUGUAACUACCCGAAAACGCACUCAGGACGAGAUGGAAAGACUGGAAGCAGAAAGGAGGCGUCUAGAAGAGGACCUCUUGUCCGUCAAAAGCACUCCCAGCCAAGCACUUGCCGAAAGGUUAAAGGUUCAAGAGAAAAAGAAGGAACUGGUGAAAAAGCUGGAAGAAACCACAAAACUAGCCACUUAUUUGCAUUCGGAACUGAAAAGCCUGUCUGCCAGCACAUUAUCUGUUUCAUCAGGAAGCAGUCUUGGCUCCUUAGCAUCCAGUCGUGGGUCCUUGAACACUUCUAGUCGUGGAUCUCUCAAUUCUUUGAGCUCUACAGACCUGUAUUACAGUCAAGGAGACAGUCCAUCUGACCUGGACUAUCAGUACAAGCUGGACUUCUUGCUGCAAGAGAAAAGUGGUUACAUUCCAGCCGGGCCUAUCACUACCAUUCAUGAGAAUGAGGUAGUGCAUUCCCAUGGCAGGCCAGAGUAUACCAACCUGCCCACUGCACAAGAGGACUCCCAAGAAACCAAACCUCCGAAGUCUGUGACAUCACUCUCUUCCCUGUCCUCCCUGUCAUCAUUGUCCCCACCAGGCUCUCCUCCAGUGCUGGAAGGAGCUUUCUCUUUGUCUACUCAGGAUACCAUUGGUACAGAUUUUGAGAGUUUUGACUUUCCUGGAAUAUUCUCAGAAAUGAGCAUCAGUGAAAAUCAGCAUUUAUUGGACUCUUGUCUAGAGCAAUCUCCAGCCUUCUCUGAGGAGAAAGGCAUAAAGCAUGAGACAAAUGCACCGUUGCCAGCAGAAAGCACAGAUACUGACUUUACAAGAAAGUCUGCAGGUGACAUCCAAGAAGGGAAGACCGCUUGUGUUUCUGCUGCAGUUUCGGACGAGUCAGUUGCGGGAGACAGCGGUGUAUAUGAAGCAUGCAUAAAGCCGCCAUGUGAAGAUUAUCCAGUGAUUGGGGCAGCUGAAGUGCAGCUAACGCUAAGAUAUGAUCCAGGAAAUUCCAGUUUUGUGAUAAUUAUCGGUGAGAUGAAGAACCAUCUAUUUCGAGUCCAGUAUGGCUCCAGAGUCUAUAUCCGGGUUGCCAUUCUCCCAUCUUCAAAUGACAUCAGCUGUCUCUUUAGGACCAAAGUAUACCUUGCUACAGAGUCUAUAGUGUUUAAUGAGCUAUUCCGAGUGUCCAUUUCACAAAGUGUUAUGCAGCAGAAGAAUCUAAGAGUGGACAUGUGUUUGGCUGGAAGAACCCAUCAAGAGGAAUGCUUGGCUGGCAUCCAGAUCAAUCUGGCAGACCUGUCAUUCAUAAAUGAAGUAUAUACUCUGUGGCACACGUUAAUGCCCUGCAGAGCCAUUCAUCAUCCAAAAGAGACUACGGAAAAGUCGGUGUUGGACAAGACACGGCCUGCAGCUUUGGAUUUGGAUGCUGUGUCAGCGUUGCUAGAGAGGACAUCCGCUGAGUUGGAAGCAGUGGAACAAGAAUUGGCCCAGGAAGAAGCCAGUGAGGGCGAUCAGGAGCAGAUGUGUCCUGUAGAGGAAUGGGUAGAAAUACCAGCAGAGGAGUCAUUUGAUGGCCUGGAUGAACAUUGCACCACUGAACUUUUGGAUGACUAUUACUCGCCACCACUGCAGUUGAAUGUUGACCCAGAAGAGGAGCACAGAGAACCCUAUGAAGAAACAAAUAGCUGGGAUCCCACCUCCACUGUUCCUCCUGCUGCCGAGCUUCCAACCCUGGUCGACAAAGAAACAAAUACAGAAGAAGCCAUUCAUGAAAAUAUUUCAGUCCGGCCCAAGGACAGAAGUAACCUUGGAUCAAGACAGCGACCGUUUGUGCGAAACAGCAUGAUCGUCCGGUCUCAAACGUUCUCUCCAGGAGAGAAGAACCAGUACAUAUGUAGGCUCAAUCGAAGUGACAGUGACAGCUCCACCCUUGCUAAAAAGUCACCUUUUAUAAGGAAUGCAACUGAACGACGCAGUUUGAGAGUAAAGAGGCCUAUGUGUCAGACAGUGACGAGAAGAGUCAUGCAUGAAUGUCGUGAACGGACAUCUCUGGACUUGGAGCUGGAUCUCCAAGCAUCACGGACAAGACAGAGACGACUCAAUGACGAAUUGCAGUUACUGAGAGACCUGAGGCAGAGGUUAGAGGAGAUGAAAUCCAGGGGAGAGACUGAAUUGCCGCCUUGUGUUCUAGAUGAUGAUCGCUUCCAGAAGCUUCUGAAACAAGCAGAAAAGCAGGCUGAACAAUCAAAAGAAGAACAAAAGCAAGGAUUCUGCGCUGAAAAAUUAAUGAGAAAAGCCUCUAAGGACGUAUGUAGGCUACGGGAACAGAGCCAGAAGGUGCCUCUUCAAGUACAGACAUUCAGGGAGAAGAUUGCUUACUUCACCAGAGCCAAGAUCAGUAUCCCAUCUCUCUCCGCUGACGAUGUAUAGUUUAUAUUUUUAUUUCACAGCUGUAGUUUUCCGAUUGGCCAUCUUUUUAGAUGAACGUUUUUGUAGUAUAGCUCUUGCUUUUAUGGCUAAAGUAAAACUGAAUAUUUUUUUACAUUACCCGUAGUUUGUAAAAUAUCUCAUGCUGUAUCUUGAAUUAAGGACUAGAAGAAAAAAAAAAAGCACCAAAUGAGAAAGAGACAAAAAAUGAAGAAACCAAAGUAGACUAAUCUGGUACACUGAUGGUAAUUUUGUACAGUUUGUAUCAUCCACUUAUUCCUACAGUUUUGUAAAGGAGGAGCAAGGAAACGGUGAUUGCACUGUGCUCAGAUUUAUUUUUUUGUUCAAUAGACUGAUGUGCAUGUUUUCAUGUAAGCUGACUGUGAAAAUGGCUGCUAAGCCAUACAUUUGACUUUUGCACCAUAGACUUUUUGGGAGUCGAUUUUAAAUUUCCAAACCUCCAAGGCUGCCUCAUGAACCAGGUGCUUCUGUAUCCCCUAGUUGUGCCAUUGCUAUUGUUGGUAUUCACUCUGAAGAAAAAGUUGACGCAUAUUCAUUUCUACACCAGGUCAGGGUAAUAGCAACGGAGAAUAAAGUUACUUUUUUUUUUUUUUUUUUUUACAAAACUACACCGCUAGCUGAAUUUUGUAGAUGUUCUUAAAUUGAGUAGCUGCCCAUAUACCUCUGCACUUAUUUCCUUGAUUAAUCUCCUUACAUCCAUGAGUAGGCAACUGUCAGUAUGAUAGGUUUAUCAAUACUGUAUAGAAUGGCGAUAAAAUCGGACUAUGCUUGUAGUAAGUAUGGACUGCACUAUUAGGAAGGUCACACACAUGAUUAAAGCUGGAUGAAAAUUGGUCAGCUAGUAAUUACCCCCAGUCAUCCUAAUAGCAUGCUCAUAGCUGCCCUGUACCUACUUCUCCAUCAUCCUUUGGGGAAGCGCAGUAGCUGUAUGCCUUGUGCACCUUGUCAGUAUAAACAUUUGUAAUCAUUUACUUUCAGGUGUUGAAACGUAUGUCAUAAGUUAUUUCUAAGAAGGUAUUACACAGCCAUUAGCGGCCAUGGGGAGCACUACCAGAUUACUGCUAAGUACCAGGCUGGACCUUUGACCUGAAGCAAUGGCAAGUCCAGGUGGUGUAUUGAUUGUGAGUGCUAGCUGAGGUCCCCAACACAUGCGUGUAAAGCACUAUUAAAAUGCAUCCAUGAAAUUACAUCUGGAGCUAAUGCUAGUUUAUACAAUUCAAGUCGUGACUGUGCAGACAACAUUCUAAUCUGGGGCAUGCUGAACUGGACACCUACAAACAAGCAUUGGACUAUGGUAGUAUGAUUAGCAUAUACAUCAGAAUUAACUCCUUGUCAAGGAUAUAGCACAAGUCCCAGGGCCACCAUAAGGGCAGUAUUGGCAGUACUGCAUUCAGGUGCCCUUGUCAGCCUCAUUAGUAUUCACUGCUCUGAAGCAUACAAUAAAUAUGAGUUACCGUACAUACAAGCAUUUACUAAAUAAAUUAGUUAUUUUAUAGGUCUCUUUCGGGAAUUGAACCUCAGACCUUCUAAAUGGCAUGUUUACCUUCCAACAAUGGUAAUAGAGAAGCCGGAAGUUCAUUUUUUCUGCCAUAACUUUUACUAAAGAAAUAAUUUUAUAGGUCUCCGUUAGGAAUUGAACCCUAGACCUUCUGCACACUGCACAUUCUUCUGUUACAGAGAGACAAUUUUUUGUGCCUAGAAAGAUACUAAAUAGUAUUACUGUUUUCUUCAUAGGUAUAACCCUUAACCCCAUAAUACUAUAUCACAUACAUGCAUAUCAUAAGCAUUAAGAGGUUGUAUAUAGCAGGCUCACGCACUGAGCUCGCUCCAUAUAUGGCAGGGGCCAGCUGAUCCCAGUCAUUCAACCCCUCAGGUGUUGCUGUCAAUAGAAACCUGCGGGGUUAGACUGGGGACUAAGGAGACUAAAAAUGAGUUCAUUUUUUAAAGUAAAAAAAAAAUGUUGAAAAAAUUUAACACACCCUCCCACUUUCCCAAUUGUACAUAUAAAAAUAAACAAAAAAUAAAUAUAACAGGCAUGUCCAUGUCCAAAAUAUUAAAAUAGCAAAAUAUUUUUUCUACAUGGAGAACGCUUUUUUCCUGUUUUUCAGUACAUGAUAUAUGGUAAAUUAAAUAGUGCCAUUAAAAAAAAUCAACUUGUCCCCCAAAAAUAAGUCCUCAAGCCGUGAAAUAAAGUCUUAUGGUUUAGUAGCUUUUUAGUCACAGAAAAUCCUAUCCUUAUAAUAAUAAUAAUAAUGUGGUUCUCUAGUGUAGUGGUAAAUUGGGUGCCUGCUGUGUAGAAGUUUAAGGAGUUCAACUCCUGACAGAGACCUUUAGUAAAGUACAAGUUACAUUUCUCUGCAAAGUUAAUGUUUCUAAAAAAAAAAAAUAAUAAUAAUAAUAAUAAAUGCAAUACUUACUAUUAAAUAUCACAAACAUUAUCUCAAUUUAUCUGGUAUCCCUGUGAUCAGAAUGACCCGCACAUUCUAGUGAACACAUUAUUUAUGGUGAUCGGUGAAUAGCGUGAAUAAAAAUGGUGCAAAUUAAAUUUUUUCCCCUUCAUUUAACCUGUAAUAAAAGUUGAUAGAAAUUGAAAUCUUAUGUGUACGGCAGAAUGGCCUGAUGCAAUAAAAAAUCUUUAUGGCUAUGAAUGUGAGAAGGGAUGGUGGAGGGAAUUCCCAUACAGCUUGCCUGUAUGGGACCCUGAAAUUACUCCUGACAGGUCCACACAAAGAUUAGUCCUAUUGUCAUUCAAUGGAAAUAAUUUCCAGCUUUUCCAUGCGGGGUCUCUGCCCAAAUCCUUAUCAAAUCCUGAAUAUGUGAACAUACCCUAAUACGGUAAGUCCUUUGAUGCUAAUGUAGGGUAUAUGUGGCUUCUAAGACAUUGCUGCCGUGUCCUGACAUACAGUAUCCUCCAAACACAGAACUAUGUAUAAACCUAGUCUAACUAUGAUACAUAUUGACCCCCAUUCAAUUGAUAGGCUUUAGUGCUUACAUCUUUAAUAAAUUAUAUUUCUGUAUAUCCAGCUGUAAAAAAAUAAAUAAAAAUUUGAAAUAGAUGGACUGAGAGUAGCCAUUUCUUAUGUCCCAAAUGUGGUACCCUGCAUCAUACCAUGAUGCUAUAAUAUACUAGUAUAUACCACUUGUGCCAGUUCCCAUGCAGAUAGACUAUAUACAAACCUGUAUGAGGUUUAUAACCUGGAAGAAAAUGUUUUAUACAAGGGUUAAAGUAAAUUAGGGCCAGCAUUGGGUAUAGCACCGACAAUUUUUGUUAUUACUGGAACAAACCCAUAGGUAUAAGUCCCAAUGGCUCAAAUAUGAAAGUGCCUAUUCAGAGAUUCUUCCUUAAAUCCAAUCCUCUUAGUUCAGUUUUUGUUUUGCUUACCCAAAUCUAAUCUCUUUAUAAAAGUGGAUGAGCUUAUAUCAGUACAGCAUAUAGCUAUAAUGUAUAUCAUAGCAGUAUAAUAAUUACAUCUGUAGGGUAAAUCUAUGCCCUUGUAAAUAAAUUUAUAUUUGCCCACAUAUUACUUGCUUGGAGAACAACAGGGCAUCAAUUAGAUGGAUUUAUGAUUCAAUGGUAAAACUAAUUAUUAUUAUUAUUAUUAUUAUUAUUAUUAUGGUUGCAACAUCCAGCACAAUGAGUUCAUGGCCAAAAAAAGAGUGACUUGUGCUGUCACAACAUAGACUUAAUGUUUGAGGCAGUUAUCACACGGCCACCUCCAUGUUUUAUCAUCAGGGGCAAGAAUGGUUCCCUGCCAUUGUUGCCAAACAUAAAGCUACUGGUCAGUUUGACUAUUGUAUCAGAACGCUUGAUUUUUUGGGUAACUUCCCCAAUCAUGGUCACCAUUUACUUGUCUGAUCAUAUAUUCAGGUCACUUAAGAUGAGUGAUAUUGGCUCAAGAUGCACUCUGUAUAAAUAUUUAGGAUCAUGUAAAAUGUUGCUCUCGGUUGUAUAUUGGCAGGUAAUUUGAGGGGUGUUGAGUAUGUUUAUUUAAAGCAAUAAAAAUAAGAACUUUUUUGAACUUGUCUACAGUAUAUAUACAACGUAAUGUGUAGCAUGCCUUCACAUAGAGAUUAGCCUUUGUUUUCUUGAGAAUACAGCAGAUAAAAUUGAAACCUCCUAUGUACAUAUAUAAAAGGGAGUUCUUUGGGAGCAGGGAUGAAAAAAAUAAUAAGUUCUCACUAGUUCAGAGCAUUUUGGGUUUGGUGCUGGCCAACUUUUCUGCUUCAGGUCCAGUUGGACCGAAAGUGUGGCCACAUCACAGCUGCCUGACAAAUUAAUAGCCUUAGUGGUGAAGUGUGCAGGUAAUGUACAUGAACGCUUCCACCACUGAGGCCAUUAAUUGGCUAGCAUUGGUGAUGGCACAUCACACUUCUGGUCCAGUGGAGACCGGAAGCGGAGGAGAAGGGAACUCUGCACUGAAACCAGAGGGCCGGUGACACGUGUUUUGUUUUUGUUUUCUUUAAUGUUGAAACCCUGCCCUCUACCUGACAAUAUCAAAAGGGGUUCCUGGUCUCAGGGAACCCCUUUAAAACUUGCCCUCUUAGACAUUGAGCCGGUAGUACAAUACCCUUAGUACUAGUCGCCUUAUUUUUGGCACCUGUCCUUCCAGCUUAUACAUUGACCAGGUACCAUCCUGUUACUUUUGGUUCGUGCUAUGGAUUGUUCCUGUAACUACUUGUGACCACUAUUGCCUUUUACACAUAUAGACAGAGUGGAGACAGAUAGAGGAAGUCAUCGACAACUGAGGAGAAAGAGGCCAUCAGAGUAACUAUAAAAGAUUAGAUUUCAGUGACAAACCCUAUAGCACACUGUUGAAUCCAUAGUUUGAAGGAUGUCUGCGAUUUUGUACUUUGCUUUUGGUCAAUAAUCUGCUGGGCUUGGUUCAUAUCCAUUUUUUUUUUUUUGUUCAUCUAUUCCUUUUUAAUGCUGAUCUAGUAUCUGCAGUACCAUUCUACUGGUAUCAGCGCCUACACGUUAGUAGAGAUACUCCCUAAGCUUUUCUGUCCUAUAAGUAGCAGACCUGGCUGUGUUACUCUCCUUAGAACCUGGGCUUUUGGUCCAUAUCUGUAGAACAGUUGGCAAAUUUUCCAAACAUCUUGGUCAGUGUUAACAUGUUUCUAUAGUAAGGGGUUGAAUGAGAAUAGAAAAGAGGAUCUGCUUUUUUUUUGAAUACAGCACGACUCCUAUUCAGACCCUGUUCCUAGUAUUGCGAAUUGUAGUGAACAGAAACAACCAAUUGGUGAGAGAGGUGCGGUAUCUAGGGAAAAAGCAGUCUAAUCUCACACAACCCCUUUAAGGAUGUAAGGCAGUAUGUUAAUGUAUAGUGAUGUCAGCGCCCCUUUACUCUGCUCACCUGCCAUUCUGUAAUCGUGAUUCAUUCCUCUGUACAAAUGUGAUGUGUGAACAGCACACUCAUUAAAAGUAGGGCUAGCCUACCACAAGGAAAUAGUGCAAAUAAUUGCAAGUGUCUGUUUCAAGACAAUCAAGUAUUAUUGUGAAGAAAAAGCAUUAAAUUGCAGUGUGCUGAUACACUGUGGAAUACUGCUACACCGAGGUUAAGUAACCUGCUGCUCCAAACCUGGGGAGCUCCUGGUUACCUGGCCAUGCUCUAUACCAGUGGUCUGCAAACUGUGCCGUUCCAGCCAUGUCCUGCAGACCACAGCUCUAUACUCUACCUGCGUGUAAGACUACUAGAGAUCACAUGUGUAAGGUCAAAGACUUGGGGAGAAUGUAAAUAUGAAGUAAUUUAACCCCCACGCGUCCAAGGGUACAGCAGUGAUGGGGGCUGACUUAUCCUUGGUCUCUGUAGGGGAUAAUAUUAAGGUUUAAUGAAGGUUGCCUAUUUUUGUUCUUUUGUCAGCUUAAUUUUGUAAAAUGUAGACUGAUGUGUAGAGCUGUUUGUGUCUUUUUAAUGAUUUACUCUCCACUUAUUUAUUUACUGUCUUAUUUAUGUAAUGUUUUCAUAUAGUUCAGUUCUGGCCAUUUUUAACGUUGGUCAUAUAGAAAGCUAACUCCAUCCUGUACAGCGUCUUCUACAUUUACAGCGGUCACUCGCUUAUGUAUCAAGUAUUUUACAUGGAGGUUUCAGAUGGGCCAGUAAGCGCAACCAAGAUCUUUUCUGAGCAGAUCCUGUUUUCAUCAUAUCAGACUUGCUAUCCUGCAGCCUGAACUGAGCCACACAUGAUGCAAUUUAUUUUGUGCACAAUCCCUUUUAUCAGGUUAGCAGAUUACAAGAGCAGUGAUAAUUGUACCUUAAAAUGAUCAUUUCCCACCUAAUUGAAUUAGCAAUAUCUGCCAAAAUGAAUUGAGACAGAACUUCUGGUCACAAAGUACCUCCAGAGGCCACAAAAUAACUCCUUGAAUAAUGUCACAAAUAAAUCUGGAUUGUAAAAUGGAUAAAAAGGAUUCGAAGAACAUGGCUGCUUUUUUAGGUCUGUCUGUACCUUGUAUUGCAGUUGAUCCUCAUUCACUUCAGCAACCAUGUUUUUCUAAUCUCAUACAGCCGUGUCUCACCCAAUAAAGGGUCAAAUGCAUCCAGAUCUGAAGUCUUAAGAUAAUGGACUUUUGCCUUUGUAGUUAAUCUAAUAUUUGCAUCGGCAAUGUUUUCUAGUGCAUUGUGUGACUGGCUGGUUCAAGACUUUAAUCAGGGAACAUUAGGGUUUUUUGGAAACAUGCUGUUCACUUCUACAUAAUAUAUUGAUUACUAAAUCACUCAUUUAUAUGUAUAGACACAAACUUGGAGAGAAAUGAAGUAGACCAAGGACAGAAGAUUACCUCAUUACUAGCUGGCACCUACAUUGAAUAAUAAUUUCAUACACAACUAGAUCUUUGCUACACCUUUCAUAUGUGCAUGAUGUGUAAGAAGCCUGUGCUAGUCAGGAGUUUUGAUGAAAUGUUAAUGUGGAUGACUUUGACCACGUUUGGUGACUUAACAUUCUCAGAGUACCAUUGGAAGCUUAGGGCGAGUAGGAUUCAAAGGAACCAAAAAGUAGCUUUACUCUAGUACUGCAAAACCCAGCAAAGCGUUUCCAUGAGAAAUACAUAAUUCAUAAGUCAAAGGGGUUAAUAACAGAUUAGAGGGCAAUGAAGUGUAAACUGUUCUGAUAUGCCCCUGUGGUCAACUAUGCAUCCACACAUCCAAAUAAUGAACUUUUUAGUUGGGCAUUGGGGGCAUGCAUGAUCAAUUUUAUAUGGCUCUAGAUUAAAACUAUGGGAGUGUAAUGACAGUAUCUUCCUAAUAAGAAGGUGUGGUAUUUAUUGCCAGUUUAGUCACUGAUGUACUGGACCGACCUUGCAUUCAAUAAGAAAAUAUUAGCAACAUUUUCACCAGCUUUAAUAGAGAUCAGAAUCACUGUCACUUAAGCUUUCUGUAUAUUUCUAGACCCAUAUGCCAUUUAGUGCCUUGUAGACUAACAGAGGCAAGCACUGGCCCCAUAAGUGUUAUAGACCUGUAAGUGUCGUCAUGCCCUGUUAACCAGUAGGUGGCAGCACCAGUCUUAUAGCCUCACUUUGUGUUGAGAACCAUAUGUUGCCUUGCUCAGAUUCGGAGGAUGUAUAAACUUUUCACUAAUAUCAAAGGCUAUUUAGUAUUUUACUGUACCUAAUCUAUCUUCACGUAUCUAUAUCAAAUUCCUUGUAUUACAGCCACAUAUCAGAAAAAUAUUCUAUUUUUAGACAAAUGAGCAAUUUAUUAUCAUCCUGGUGAAAUCAAAUAUAAGCUGUUGUAUCCUCCUUAAUUGUUGUGAAUGUGAAAUGCUCAGAACUGAACUAAAGAUGUAAUCAGGUUAAAUUCUGAAUGUUUUUAUGUCUUUCAUUGUGUUCUUGUCAGUAAUACUAUGGAAAUGCUACCAUCACAUAGAUUAAUGUUGUUUCUGCACUUUCCAUGUGUCUCAAUGAUUUGAACAAUACAUUUUUUUUUU